CACCUGUUUUAAUCUAUAUACAUCAUGUCGAUGCUCAACAAAUUAAAACAGAAUGCCAACAAUCCUGUAUUUUUAGAUGAUGACGACGAUAUCGAUAAUAUGGACUUUCCUUUACCUUCAUCUUCAAAUAACAACAAUGCCGGUCCCAGUCGAUUACCAGGUAUGCCCAAUAUGGAUAUGAACGAAUUAUCACGUAUGAUGCAACAAUUCUCAGGUGGUCAAGGAAUGCCUGGUAUGCCUGGUAUGUCUGCACCUACCCCUGCUCCUUCUCAUGUUGCUGUAGCUUCUGGUCCUAAUGGUGUACAACGUUUAGAUCCUUCUGAAUAUAAAGAUUGGGUUUGUGUUUAUCCUUGUUAUAUUGAUGUUGACAAGUCUGUCAAUGAAGGACGCAAGAUUGUAAAGGAAAAAGCCGUUAAGAAUCCUCAUGCUUAUCAUAUGGCUGUAGCAGUACAACAACUUGGUUUGACAGUGGUUUAUGAAGGAAAAUGUCAUCCUCGAGAUUGGGCUAAUCCUGGUCGUGUUCGAGUACAACUGAAGAACAAGAAUAACUUUUUCAUCAAUAAUGACAUUAUCACAAGGAAACAAUUAUUUUAUGCCAUUGCUGCUAGAUUACCUGAAGCUCAAAAGAAUAAUGAAAUCCCAAAGCAUGUUAUCUCUCCUAUGACAAGUCUCGCUCAAGUCGAAGCAUUAGCCGAUGAACAACGUAAAGCACAAGGUCUUCCUACUCUGGCAGAAAUGAAUGCUCAAGCUGCUGCCCAACAGCAACCUGUCAAGCCUACCAUGCCAAAGAAACAAAAGAUCAAGUAUGUCCGUGGGUAGAUAGUGAAAUUGUAGUUUAGUUUAUUAUUAUUUUUAUUGUUAUUAUUAUUAUUAUUUUGGUAUUCGAAUGGGAGGCUAUGUACGAAAGUGCAAACUUCCUCCUCUAUUCUUAUAUAUUAUAGUUCGUAGUAUUAUUUCUUUAUCGUAGGAUAGGGUUAAAAUGAUACUUCUGUCUAUAUAUAUUAUACUCCAAAAAUAAAAUCUCCUUUUUUUUUUUUUGAUCCAC